GGAGGCCCCUUACUGCCGCUCAUAGGGCUCAUGCUGCCAGGGAUUACUGGAGUAGCUGCGCACGUCGAGCGACCUGCUGUCCAAACCCCCCCAUUUCAGCGCUACAUAAGGAAGGCAGCUGAGAGAAAAUUCUCCAUGAAUGUACGUCACAAUGAUGAUGACCGACCAAAUCCCACUGGAGCUGCCACCCUUGCUGAAUGGGGAGGUAGCCAUGAUGCCGCAUAUAGUAAAUGGGGAUGGAUCACAGCAGGUCAUUCUAGUUCAGGUUAACCCAGGAGAAACCUUUACAAUCCGCGCAGAGGACGGAACACUGCAGUGCAUUCAAGGUCCUGCAGAAGUUCCAAUGAUGUCCCCCAAUGGGUCCAUCCCACCAAUACAUGUACCUCCGGGUUACAUUUCGCAGGUUAUAGAAGACAGCACAGGAGUUCGACGUGUAGUGGUUACUCCACAGUCUCCAGAUUGUUACCCUCCCAGUUAUCCAUCCGCCAUCUCCCCCACUCACCAUUUGCCUCCUUACCUUGCACAUCAUCCACAUUUUUUACACAAUUCACACAACCCAUUUUACCCACCAGUCACUGGGCAUGGGGAAAUGCCACCCCAGUUCUUCCCACAUCAUCUCCCUCCCACAAUAUAUGGAGAACAGGAAAUCAUACCACUGUUUGGGAUGUCCAGUUACAUCACUCGAGAAGACCAGUAUUGCAAGCCUCAACACAAGAAGCUGAAACAGAUCGAUAGACAAAACCGGUUGAACAGCCCUCCAUCCACUUUAUACAAGAGCCAUUUAGGAAACUGUACGACUAUGUAUAAUGGCAAUGGCAAAGCUCACAAUGGAGCCAGCUGUGGAGGAGUGGGCAGUGUAACGGGAAUUAAGAAAACUGAACGCAGGACGCGGAGCAGUCCAAAGUCAAACGAUCAAGACAUACAAGAGUAUGAACCAGAAAUAAAGAAGAAUCAAGAGAUUGUAUCAGGGAUUGAGAAGUUAACGGUCUCCAAUAUUCAGUCCAGAAGUGCAGUGGUAUCAUGGUCGCCCUGCAAUGGGUAUCCAAGUGGAGAGAAGUCCAGCAAUGGCUUGUCCUAUCCCUGUAGUUAUGAGGUUGCUUUAUCAGACAAAGGGAGAGAUGGAAAGUAUAAAAUAAUUUACAGCGGAGAAGAAUUAGAGUGUCAUUUGAAGGACCUGAGGCCGGCAACAGAUUACCAUGUCAGAGUCUAUACAACGAAUAAAUCAGUAAAGGGAUCCUGUUCAGAACCUGUAACAUUCACCACUCACAGCUGUGCACCCGAAUGUCCAUUUCCACCUAAGCUGUCUCAAAGAUCCAAAAGUUCACUCACACUACAAUGGAAGGCGCCAGUUGAUAAUGGUUCAAAAAUCACCAGCUACCUUUUACAGUGGGAUGAGGGUAAACGAAACAGCGUGUUCAGAGAGUGUUACACAGGGAACCAAAGGCACUGUAAGCUGACAAAAUUGUGUCCGGCAAUGGGGUAUACAUUUAGAGUAGCAGCGCGCAAUGAUAUUGGGAAAAGUGAGUACAGCCAAGAGGUUGUGUACUGCACAUCAGGCAAUAUCCCUCCUACACCCGCAGCACCGAAGCUUAUUAGAGCUGGAAUUACAUGGAUAAGUCUCCACUGGACGAGGCCAGAGGGAUGUUUUCCAGAAGAGGUGAUUUCAUACACGCUGGAGAUUCAGGAGGAUACCGACAGUGUAUUUCAACCUACAUACACUGGAGAAGAAUUAACAUGUACUGUGAAUAAUCUCCAAAGAAGCACACAAUACAAAUUUAGGCUUAUUGCCUCAAAUGUUGAAGGAAGUAGCAAUCCGAGUGAAAUCUUGGUGUGCACCACAAGUCCGGACCGGCCAGGUCCUCCAUCUCGACCGGCAGUUAAAGGUGCUGUCACUGCACAGGGCUUCACCAUUCAGUGGGAUGCUCCUGAUGACAACGGUGGGUCAGAAAUACUGAAAUACCUGUUGGAGAUCUCUGAAGGGACUUCUGAAGCAACACAAUGGAAAGUGGCAUACAGUGGGUCCGCAACAGAAUACACCUGUAAUGACUUGAAACCAGGCACUUUAUACAAACUCCGCGUGUGCUCCAUCAGCACAGGAGGACACAGUCAGUGUUCUGAAAGUCAUCCUAUUCACACAUUAUGUGUAGCACCAGGUCCUUGUCAAGCACCCAGAGUGGUAGGCAAACCAAAGCACAAAGAAGUUCACCUGCAAUGGGAUUCCCCGGGGUGCCAGGUAUCAGAGUACAGCCUAGAGCUCGGUGUACCUGGGGGACAUACCACUGAGGUCUAUCAUGGUUGUGAUUUAGAGUGUACAAUCAGCGAUCUGCUUCCUGGAAGUACUUAUCAAUUCAGAGUACGAGCGCAGAAUGAUGGAGGAUACGGUCCUUACUCAGACGCCACAGAGAUCACUACUGCAGCAGGACCACCCGCACAGUGCAGACCUCCAGUCCUGACAUUCCUGUCUGACACAUGUGUACUUAUAAGCUGGGAGAGUCCUGAGAGCAAUGGAGCAGACAUCUCGGGUUACAGACUACAGUGGGGUAAAGAAGAGGACACUCUAGAAUUAGUUUACAGUGGCUCUGAUACUACUUUCCAGGUGUCUGAUUUGUCACCAGCAACACAGUACUGCUGCCAGCUUCAGGCAGUAAAUGUAUCUGGAGUUGGACCAUUCAGUGAUACAGUGAGCUGCAGGACCCCAGCCUCUGCCCCAGACACAGUGCCUAACCUUUAUGUGAUAGAUGGAGCUCAUCUAGAAUCAUGUACAAUGCUCUCAUCCGUGUGCCUACUACUAAGCUGGGAGGAACCAUGCUGCAAUGGGUCAGAUAUCAUUGCGUACAACAUAGACAUGGGAGACUAUACCAUCUCUGUAGAGAAUGUAACAAGUUACGUCAUUGAGAAUCUACAGCCAGAAGCAACCUACCAAAUCCGAAUUCAAGCAGUGAAUGAGAUUGGAGCUGGGCCAUUCAGUGAAGCAAUCAAUGUCAAGACAAACCCUCUUCCUCCACUGCCUCCUCGGCUCGAGUGUGCGGCUGCCGGGCCCCAGAGUCUGAAAUUAAAGUGGGGGGAAAGUGGAACAAAGUUUCAAACGUCGGAUGAUGUCAUUUUCAUCCUUCAAAUAGAAGACAAAAAUAAAAGGUUUCUCCCAAUCUACAGAGGGCCAAGCCACACUUACAAAGUGCAGAGACUGACAGAAUACACCUGCUACAACUUCCGAAUCCAGGCUGUGAACGAUGCUGGGGAAGGGCCAUUUUCUGACAUCUACACAUUCAGUACAACCAAAGCAGUGCCACCAACCAUUAAAGCUCCUCGUGUAACACAGUUAGAAGGAAACACGUGUGAAAUUUCCUGGGAGACAGUACCGCCUAUGAGGGGCGAUCCACUUGGGUACAUAUUACAAGUACAGGUUGGACGAGAGUCAGAAUACAAACAGGUAUACAAAGGAGAAGACACAUCAUUUCACAUCUCAGGUGUCCAAACGAAUAUGGAUUACAGAUUUCGAGUUUGUGUAUGUCGUCGAUGUAUUGAUACUUCACAGGAACUCUGUGGAGCUUACAGUCCAUCUGCAUCUUUUGUUAUGAGACGGAAUGAUCUCAUGUUGCCGGAGGACCUAUCACGCCUUGAGCGUUCAAAACUCAAGGGCAUGGUGCCUACUGAUGAACAGUUUGCAAUUCUUAUUGUUUUAGGCUUUGCAACCUUGUCUAUUUUAUUUGCCUUUAUACUUCAGUACUUCUUUAUGAAGUAAACAAUGAAGACAGGUUAGAGAUAUAAACUUAACUAAUGCUGCGCAUUAUAAUCCAUUUUAUUCAAAUAUUCAUUUUUAAAUAAAUACAGACAUGUUCCGUUUUACAUUUUAUAUUCAUAUUUUUACUGUUUCAAUACAUUUUCAGUGUUUUGAUGCACCUUUUUGAAAUGUAAACCCAGGACAUAGCUGAAAUGUGUUUCUGCUACGUAGCUAUAUAAGUUAAUUACAAAAGCAGUUGUCUGCUCCUUAGCUGAACCCAAAUUAGUGGUUGACUUUAUUUCUAAACAAAGGAUCAAAACGCAAAAUAAUUCAAGGCUAUCCAAACAUUUGUGACUUGUGAUAAGGCUUUGUAUAUUGAUGUGGUUUUCCACAGAAACAUCGACAUACAUAAACAUGACCACACAAAAAGGUUCAUACAUGGAUACAAAUGCGUACACACAAGAAAUUUCUACAUACACAGACUAGAUAUACGUGUAGAUAGUGUAUUGUAAAAUUUCAUGCAUUUUACUUGAAAUUGCUUGUGAUAACUGUUAUGAUAUUGCUGUCAUAAAGAAUGGAAAUUUGCUGAAUGUUUACAAUCUCUGAAAACAUCAAGUUUGACAUCACCGCAGCAAAUCACCACAUCCAAUCUCUGGUCAUGUGACCAUUUGUCAUGACUCAAGCCAGUUAUUUGCUG